CUGAGCAUUUGGUAAUCAGUAAACUUAGAAUGUCCUAAGUUCUGUGAACUGGAACCCAAUUCCUCAGCUGCAAGAGCUGUUUUCGGCACUGACAACUAUUUUCUACAUGGACGCAGAGAAGAGAGGAAGGCAUGGCUGCAGGAUGUCCAGCUCCAGCUUCUCCAGGAAGCCUCAGAAGAAAAGGUUGCUUCCUGAACCUCUGGAGAACUAACAUCAUGCACUUCUAAGAGCUGACAGCAUCUGCUCUGGUAGUGCAGAGCCAGCGGUUCCAUGUCUCAGAGUUUCCUGCAGGCCGCCCCUUCCCAUCUGACCCCAAGAUGCAUUUCAGGAACUUCUCCAUCACCCUCGCCACUGCACAGACUCUGCAAGACCUGUCUCCCACCAACGUCUCCACCAGGGAGGCCUGCCUCAUCCACUUUUCCAACCACCAGUUUGUGCUCAUCCCAGUGCUCUACUGCAUCAUCUUCACCCUUGGACUUGCAGGCAACAGCAUGGUCAUCACUUCACUGUGUCGGCAGAGGAGCCCAAAGACAGUGGCCAAUGUCUACAUCAUCAACUUAGCAGUGGCUGACUUGCUGGCCCUCACCACCCUUCCCUUCUGGGCUGCCAGCUAUGCCUACGGAUACAAUUGGGUCUUUGGCCCUGUGAUGUGCAAGCUCUCCAGCUCCAUCCUUUGCUUGACCAUGUUUGCAAGCAUCUUUUUCAUAACAUGCCUGAGUGUGAACCGUUACCAGGCCAUCGUGCGCCCCUUCCAGUGCCGGCAAGGAACUUUGGAAUGGGCAUUCAUUGCCACAUUCUUUGUUUGGGGACUGGCGGCCUUGACCUCUCUGCCCACCUUCUGCUUCCGUGAUGUCCACUACAUCAACGAGCUGGGCGUGAACGCUUGCAUCAUGGCCUAUCCCUCAGAGAAUUACCCCACCUGGUCAGCCGCAACAGCCUUGAUGAAAAACGUCCUUGGCUUCCUGGUCCCAAUGGCCAUCAUCUUUGGGUGCUAUAUCUGCAUCAGGGUGCACUUGAAGGAGGCCCAAGGGUUCACAAAAAGCUGGAGGGUGAGGGACCGGCUGCUGAAGCUGGUGACUGCUGUGGUCGUGGCCUUCUUGAUCUGUUGGCUCCCGUUCCACAUCUUGACCUUCCUGGAUGCCCUCUCCUGGAUGGAGGUCAUCAGCAGGUGCCGCCUCACCUCCAUGAUCGAUGCAGUCCUGCCCUUUGGGCUCUCCAUGGGCUUUGCUAACAGCUGCAUCAACCCCUUGUUGUACUAUUUUGUGGGCAGGCAGUUCCAGGAUAAACUCCAGCAUUUAUUCAAGCUGAGCCUCUUCCAGUUCAACAGCAACCGGGAAACCUUUUCCUCCAGCAAAACCAGCUCCCUCAAAACUGCCAAGACCCUGAAGGAGGCUGAACCAGGAGGAUACAUGGAGAGGCCACCGACCCACCCACGGUGGGUUCCCUAAUCACCAUCUGGAAAUGCUUAAGCGGCGGUUACGUUCUCUCCACCGUUCUUGUUUUUCUCUGGUCUCCCUUCACUCAUCUCCUAGGACAAACCGUCCACUCAAGACCAUGUUUUCAAGUGCUCUGUGGAUUUCUAUGCUUCAGCAAGGCUGUCAUGUAGAGGGCAAUUAAUUGUCAAUAAAUACCUUCACAACA